AUGGCUGCCAGUUCCAAGGCACCCAACCCUGUGCAGAGCCUGCAGGAGGAGGCGGUGUGCGCCAUCUGCCUCGAUUACUUCACGGACCCCGUGUCCAUCAGCUGCGGGCACAACUUCUGCCGAAUGUGUGUGACCCAGCUGUGGGGAGGGGAAGAUGAGGAAGGCCGGGUCGAGUUAGACCAGGAGGAGGAGGAGGAGGAGGAGGAGGAAAAUGGAGGAGAAGAGGAGGAAGUGGAGGCUGCGGGGGCCGGUGCGGGCUCGGACACCCCCAUGAGGGAUGAAGACUAUGAGGGCGACUUGGAGGAAGAGGUCGAGGAGGAGGAGGAAGGAGUGUUCGGGACCGGGAACAUGGGCGGGCCCGACUGGGACAACAUGGAUGUGAGGGAGGAGGAGGAGGACGACGACGACCACAACGACGACCAGGGCCACGACGACCAGGGCCACGACGACGACGACCACAAUGACGACCAGGGCCACGACGACGACGACCACAACGACGACCAGGGCCACGACGACGACGACCUGGGGGUGGAGGCUGAGGAGGCCGAAGAAGAAGUGCUGGAGGUGGAUGAGGAAGAGGAGCUGGACCCGCUUCCAGACCCUCGGCAGCGCUUCACGUGCCCCCAGUGCCGGAAGAGCUUUCCCAGCAGGAACUUCCGCCCCAACCUGCAGCUGGCCAACAUGGUGGAGGUGAUUCGGAAGAUGCACCCAGCACCAGGUUGGGGAAGCCAUGGGAAUGAGCAGGGCAUUUGUCCCCAACACCAAGAGGCCCUGAAGCUCUUCUGUGAGGUGGACGGAGAGGUCAUCUGUGGGCUGUGCCGAGAAUCCAGGAGCCACAAGCAGCACAGCGUGGUGCCAUUGGAGGAGGUGGUGCAGGAGUACAAGGCCAAACUGCAGGGGCAUGUGGAACCUCUAAGGAAGCACCUGGAGGCUGUGCAGAAGAUGAAAGCCAAGGAGGAAAGGCGGGUGACAGAGAUGAAGAAGCAGAUGAAUUCAGAGCUGGCAGCUGUGGCCUCAGAGUUUGGACAGCUGGCAAAGUUUCUGACUGAAGAGGAGGCAAGGCUGGAGCAGCGCCUUCGAGAGAUGCACGAAGCCCAGCUGGGCCAGGUGGAAGCAAUGGCCAGUCUUCUGGCUGAGCGGGCCGCCCAGUUGAGCCGCCUGCUGAACAAGGCCCAGAAACAGAGCCAGCAGGGGGCCCUGCCGCUGCUCCAGGACAUCAAGGAGACUUUCAAUAGGUGUGAAGAGAUACCGCGGGAGCCCCUAGAGAUCUGGUCCCCUGACCCAUGUCAACCCCACAGCCAUGACUUCCUGACAGACAACAUCAUUAGGAAAAUGAGCCGGAUGUUCUGUCAGGCUGUUCGAGUGGACCUGACACUGGACCCCAACACGGCUCACCCGGCCCUGAUGCUGUCUCCUGAUCGCCGGCAGGUCCACCUGGCAGAACAGUGGCAGGAGGUUGCUGACUAUUCCAAGUGUUUCUCCGCUGACUACUGUGUACUGGGGGCCCAGGGCUUCCGCUUUGGCUCGCACUACUGGGAGGUAGAGGUGGGUGGGAAGUGGGGCUGGGCCGUGGGUGCUGCCCGAGAAUCAUCUCAUCAUGAAGAGGUGGGCUCUGGGGAUUCCUCUGUGGGCACCUGGGAUGCCAGUUCUUUCUCUGGCCAUCACCGCCGCCUCCACCUACCCCAGCAGCCCCUGCCCCAGAGGGAAGUGUGGUGUGUGGGCACCAGUGGCAACGGUUACCAGGCACAGAGUUCGAGGGAGCAGACGCUGCUGUGCCCACAUGAGAAACCACGGCGCUUUGGUGUGUACCUGGACUAUGAGGCUGGGCGCCUGGACUUCUACAAUGCAGACACUCUGGCCCAUGUGCACACCUUUUCAGCUGUCUUUCUGGGUGAGCGUGUCUUCCCUUUCUUCCGGGUGUUCUCUAAGGGUACCCAAAUCAAGCUGUGCCCUUGAUCAGCUUACCACCUGCUGGGGCCCCUCUGAUCAGCACUGGCGGGGCGAGUGGUGGUGGAGGGUGGUCCAAGUUUUGGGGCUAAAAGGCUCCCAAAAUUUUCUGCAUUGCUUCCUGCUCUUCCUUGACCCCAAUUUUCCCCGUAGGAGCUUAAGGAACCUUUCUGGCCUCCAGCUCUGCCUCAUCUGCAUGGGUCCCUGAUAACAGCUGCCUAG